AACUACUAGCUCAGUGCUCUUAGCACGGUUCGGGGAACCGGUGCGCGUCCGGCUGAUCGAGUCACGGCGAGUGGAUUUUCGGCGGGCGAGAAAUCUCCCAUCCUCCCGUAACUUCCGGCGUGCGAUUAACGCGAGGCAACUUCGCCGUUUGACAAUGCGCAAUCGGGUGCCGGCGCAAAUAACAUCGAGAUAACGACGGUGAAAUUCACUUGACGAAAAUGUGGGCUAGGCGCGAUCGCUCGAUCUGACUCGCCUCGGUGAUGCGAAAGAAACAUGGAGGUACGAUCGAUGAGACGUCGGGACGUGUUUCUUCUAUCGCUGGUCACGUGGCUGACAAUUCUGCCGAUCGCGAGAUGCGUCUGUCCUGCCAGGUGUCUGUGCCACCUCAGCCAAUCGCCCAGGACCGUUGAGUGCUCGAGGCAAGGGUUACUGUCGUUCCCCGAAAACAUCAGCGAUGCGGUCGAGAACCUGGAUCUGUCGAGCAAUCAUUUAAACGAGAUCACCGAAGAAAUUAACCGGCUGGUCGAGUUACAUUACCUGAAUUUAGCCAAGAAUCAGCUGAGUUCCCUACCAAAUAAUCUUGAGGAACUAAGAAAUCUUCGUAGGCUAGAUCUAUCAGACAACAUUAUCGUAAAUACGGCAGCUAUUGCUUCCAUUAGCCAGCUACCGUCCCUGGCAGUUCUAUACAUCUCAAGGAAUCAAUUACCUGACUUGAAAGGGCUAACCAGCGAAGUGCUUCAGGCAGUGGAUGCCGGCCAUUGCUAUAUAAAAGAACUCGGCAACGCAUCCUUGAGUGGGCUGUCGGCGCUGACCACUCUCAGUCUCGUGGGAAAUCCACUGAAAAACAUUGAAUCGCCUGUCAGCAGGACACUGCGAUGGUUGGACAUGUCUGACUGCACUCUAAAUUAUCUACUGCCAGACACUUUUAGCGGAUUUCCGGAACUAGAGGAACUGCGUUUGGCCAAUAAUCCUACGUUAGCGUAUAGUACUCGAUACGAGACUCUACAGCAUCCAAAACUCAAAAAACUGGACGUAUCAAGAUGUAACCUUGAUCGACCCGGUCUUCAUGGUCUUCCGUCGUUGACGCAUGCCCGCCUUUCCCGCAAUACAAUUCGUUUACUGCCAGAUCGCAUUUUCGCCAAAAACAAGCAGCUGACGCACGUGUAUCUGAACGCGAACAAUUUGGAACGACUGAACGCCAGCACAUUCGAAGGUCUGGCGAAGCUCGAGGUGCUGGAUCUGUCCGCGAAUAGUUUUGAAGAAGUUCAUGCACUGGCGUUUCAGGAUAAUAUCGAACUCAGGCUCCUGAAUCUUUCCUAUAAUUCUCUGCGCCGAUUCCCAGAUCUGUCGUCUAGCGUUAUGACGCUGGACCUGUCCUACAAUCUAAUCAGUCGUCUCAGGGCGGACUCUCUGGAGGGCAUGCCCAUGAUCAGAAGCCUGAACUUGAAAGUCAAUCAUCUACAGUCGUUACCGCGCCGUUUAAGUUCGAGAGCGUUAAAAAUACUGGAUGUACAGAGAAACAGGCUCGUCGAGCUGCACAAUGAUACCUUUAUCGAAUUACCCUCGUUGCAAAAGCUCGACUUAUCAGGAAAUCGCUUGACGGAGGCGAUGGAUCCUGACGUAUUCCGAAACAAUCAAAAUUUGGCGGUAAUCCAUUUAGAGGAUAAUCCAUGGAGAUGCGACUGUACGCAGCUCUAUGUCACCUUUGAAUACUUAACGGAUCCUCCUCCCAAAAUUGUAGGAUCGACUUUGGUCUGCCAAAGUCCGGCGAACGUUUCCGGCUAUUCGUGGGAAGCCGCAUGUUUCAACGAAUGGAACACUGAUUUGUAUUACAACAAAGACAGAACUUGGGGGAUGGUAAUGAUCGGCUUGCUUAUUCUGGUCGUUCUGUGUGGCAGCGUAGUGUCGAUCAAGCAUACCCUGAAGAUAAAGAGAAGAUUCAGCGAGCAAAGGCGACAAGUGGAAAUAGAAGAGAGAGAAAGAUUACGACUUUUGCAAAGAAGAAAUCAACAUUUAGAGCGAGAAAUAGAAGAAUUGGAGACUCCGGAGGAAAUCAGAAUUAAUCCUCUAGAAUUAAUCGGGCCGCCUAGCUACGAGGAAGCGGUUCAAAUGACCAGGCUGGUUCGUUCCAUGGACGCUUUAGACGAGAUCUCCAUCGAAAAUGGCACUUUGCGCUCCAUAAAUUCCGUGGAUAAUCUACGGACGAAGAAGAGAAGAGCGAGGCGGCCCCGAAAACGAACUCAGAGCGAGGACGAUCUGCUGAGACGGGAAGAGCGCCGGCAGGAACGUAUUAGAAGAGAGAGAAAUAAUUCCAGCGGCAACAUAUGCGACACGGGUCAACCGCACAAUACGAAUCCCAGGAAUCCUAAGACCACUUCGGCGCGCAGAGCCAGGAGGCACAGCGCCGUGGACGAGGCCAUCGAGUCCAGUAGUAGCAAGGACAGGCCAAGGCCGCAGACUCCUACCUCAAGGAAGAGAAAGAGGCGACAGGUGUACAGAAACGAGCACGUGACCGACGACGAAGACUCCGACGUCCAGGUAAUGAGUUCCAACCGAUCCAUUAUCAUCAAGGAGCUCAAGAGAGAACCCAAGAGUGGCUAUAGAGAAUACUUCGUGGAACGCGAGAACUAAACUAUGUUUCAUUCGUUACUUUUGCUUCCAAGCUUACAAUAAAUUCACAUUUUUGGUACUUUAAUAGAAAUUUAAUAAAUAAAAUAUAAGAAAAGAGAGAGAAAA